AUGGCUAGCCCACAGGUUCUUGUGUUCGAUGCUGAGGGCCGCCCUGUGAAGUUUGACACCUGGCUCGAUGACCUUCACCUCUACCUACAGCUCACAGCCAAGGAUGACAUCUCACUGUAUGACCACGCCCUAGGCAAUGUCACUGCCCCUGCUGCUACUGCUGACAGCACUGCUCGCUCACAGUGGCAGACUCGUGAUGCCCACGCUCGCUUCACCAUUCGCAACUCCCUGCCGAUAGACGAACGCGAGCACUUUGGCCAGCACAAGACUGCACAGGCACUGUACACAGCUGUAGUUGCUCGCUACUCCUCACCUGCCUCUGCCGCACUAGGUCGUCUCUCCCUCCCCUACCUGUUUCCCGACCUGGCCUCCUUUCACACAGUCGCUGACCUCAUCACGCACCUCCGCACUAGUGAGGCCCGCUUCCGUGCCGCCAUGCCUGCUGAGUUCCUUACCACGCACCCCCCUCCACUCUGGCUCACUCUCUACCACCUAGUCACCCGCCUCCCUGACACUCUGCGUGCUGUCAGGGACCACUUCCUAGCUCGUUGCCCCACUGAGCUCACCAUUGCCCUCCUCGAGAAGGAGCUCCUUGCAGCUGAGACUAGCGUAGUCGCUGUAGGUGCCUCUCGUGGCGACCCCCGUACCCCGUUCUUUGAGGGGUGUUCUCCUUCCCCCCUUCUUCCCUCUGUCGCCUCUGCUGCUGCUGUCGACCUUCUCGGUGCUGAGAAGGUCGGCGCUGCGUCUGCCUCGAGCAGGCGCCGCAACGGCAAGGGCAAGGGGGGCAAGGGUGGUAGCGGUGACGGCGGGGGAGGCGGCGGUGGGAGCGGUGGAGGCAGUGGGGGUGGUGGCUCGGCUGGAGGGGCGAGUGGUAGCGGUGGGGGUGGUGGCGGCGGCGGCGAGGGAGGUGGUAGGAGUGGAGGCGGCGGCUGGGGUGGCGGUGGACGAGGCGGUGGCAGGGGUUGGGGUGGUCGAGGGGGUGGCAGCGGUGGUGGUGGCCGUGGAGGCACUGGCGGUGGCCAGCGCCAGCAGCACACUCCCUCGCCCCAGGAGGUCCGUGAGUGGUACUCUCAGCACGGGGGUGGGGGUGGUCUUGGCUGCACGUACGUCAUUCGCACUGGUGACCGCACUGGUCAGCAGUGUGGACGACCGCACGCCACACAGCGCUGUUUCUCUCGUCUCGACGACGCUUGGCGUGUUCAGUUCCCUCAGGCCACUGAGCUGCCCCGCUGGCUUGAUCUCCUGAAGAAGGGGAUUGAUAUCUAUGCUUUAGACUUUGAUGCUAUUCUAUCUGCCAUGUAUGUGAUGUCUACUAGUGGAGAGGGUGCCGAGUACUUGUGUGUGCCGCCCGACCCGGGCAUUAGGGCCAGUGCGUCUGCAGCUCCAGGUACUCGCGUGUCGGCUACCCCAGGUGCUGGUGAGGCUGCUGCUCUAGGUGCGCGUGUGUCCCCCCCCCCCUGUACUGUGUCGACUGCCGCACUGCACACCUUCACACUGGACUCAGGUGCUUCUCGCUGCUUCUUUCGUGACCGCACUGCCCUUGAGCCGCUUGCUCGGCCAGUUGCUGUCUCACUUGCUGACCCCUCUGGGGGCCCGGUCAUUGCGACCUCCUCCACUCUCCUUCCCUGCCCUGCGGUCCCGUCGGGCACACUGUCAGGUCUCCACCUCCCCUCGUUCUCUACGAACUUGGUGGCAGGAUGUGCUCUCCAGGACGGGGGUGUUCACCAGUUCACCCCUGCCUACGAGCGUGUGACCCACUGCACGUGUGCUCGUACGGGCCGCCACUUGGCUACCUUCACCCGGCAGCCGGGGUCGGACCUGUACACACUGACUACUGCCUCCCCUCAGGUCGCUGCGUCUGCGUCUGUGUUCACGUCCGCGUCAGGUCAGCUGUCUGCCCCCUGCUCGUGUCGCUCUCUAGCGCACGACACUGUCCUCUGGCACCACCGACUUGGCCACCCGUCUGUGCAGCGCCUUCGUGCCAUGCACUCCCGGUACCUUGUCUCUGGUCUUCCCAGGGUCAUCCCUCCCCUCCCACCCUCGCCUGCUCCUCCCUGCCUUCCCUGUGUCGAGGGGCGGCAGCGCGCCGCUCCUCACUCCUCCUCGUUUCCCCCGACUACUGCUCCUUUGCAGACGCUCCACAUGGACGUGUGGGGCCCAGCCCGCGUCCGUGGUCAGGGUCAGGAGAGGUACUUCCUGAUCGUUGUUGACGACUACUCGCGCUACACCACGGUCUUCCCCUUGCGCACCAAGGGUGAGGUCCCUGAUGUCUUGAUCCCUUGGAUCCGCAGAGCCCGUCUCCAGCUCAGCGAGCGUUUCCACUCGGACUUUCCUGUCCUGCGCUUGCACUCUGACAGAGGUGGUGAGUUCUCCUCCGACCUCUUGGCAGCCUUGAGUGCUAAGCACGGCAUUGAGCAGUCGUCCACGCUUCCGGCCUCUCCACAGCAGAAUGGGGUUGCGGAGUGCCGCAUUGGCCUGGUCAUGGAGGUCGCCCGUACCUCCUUGAUCCAUGCGGCUGCCCCCCACUUUCUGUGGCCGUUUGCGGUCUGGUACGCUGCGCACCAGCUCAACCUCUGGCCCCGUGUCUCCUUGCCGGAGACCUCGCCCACGCUGCUGUGGACGGGGGAGGUUGGCGAUGCGUCGCGUUUCCGGGUCUGGGGGUCUCGAGCUUUUGUCCGCGAUACGUCUGCGGACAAACUCUCCUUUCGUGCUGCUCCCUGCGUCUUCCUCGGCUUUGUCCCGGACGCGUCUGGUUGGCAGUUUUACCACGCCACCUCGCGCCGAGUCUUGCCCUCCCAGGACGUCACUUUUGACGAGUCCGUCCCCUACUACCGCCUCUUUUCCUACCGCACUGCCCCGCUUCCCCCCCCGCCUCUCUUCCUCGCGCCAGGUGCUGCUGUUGCAGACCCCCUCCCCCCUCAGGGUGCCGCUCCCUCAGGUGUGUCUCAGGUAGACCCGGUUGAGCCUGUUGAGGUAGCUGUCGACUCUCGUCCUGCUGGGGGUACUGAGCCUGGGGGUGUGGAGCCUGGGGGUGUGGAGCCUGGGGGUGUGGAGCCUGGGGGUGUGGAGCCUGGGGGUGUGGAGCCUGGGGUCCGGAGUCUGGGAGUUGGAGCUGUUGCUGGUGCUGAGGACUCGGGCGUUGGAGCUGCUGCUGGUGCUGCAGACCCGGGCGUUGGAGCUGCCGCUGGUGCUGCGGACCCGGGCGUUGGAGCUGCUGCUGGUGCUGCGGACCCGGGUGUUGGAGCUGUUGCUGGUGCUGAGGACCCGGGCGUUGGAGCUGCCGCUGGUGCUGCGGACCCGGGCGUUGGAGCUGCCGGUGGUGCUGCGGACCCGGGCGUUGGAGCUGCUGGUGGUGCUGCGGACCCGGGUGUUGGAGCUGUUGCUGGUGCUGAGGACCCGGGUGGUGGAGCUGUCGCUGCUGCUGCGGACCCUGGGGCGAGUGUUCCUGCUCACUCUGGUGUAGCUGCUCGGUACCGACCGUACUUCGUUCCGCUCCUUCAGCAGGUUCUUGGUUAG